AUGGAGCUGGACAGACUGGACAGAGCCUUGGGGGCCCUGGGCCUUACCGCCCUGCUGGUCGCCUUCCUGGGCAUGGCCUGGACUAUCCAGGCGGCAGAUACCUGUCCAGAGGUGAAGGUGGUGGGCCUGGAGGGCUCCGAGAAGCUCACCAUUCUCCGAGGCUGCCCAGGGCUGCCCGGGGCCCCAGGGCCCAAGGGAGACGCAGGCACCAGCGGAGAGAGAGGAGAACGAGGUCCCCCCGGAGCCCCUGGGAAGGCAGGACCACCUGGCCCCAAGGGACACCCUUGGAAGCUUCAGGAUUGCAGUUCAGGCCCACAGACCUGUAAGGACCUUCUCAACGGGGGGCACUCCCUGAGCGGCUGGUAUACCGUCUUCCUGCCUGACUGCCGGCCCCUGACCGUGCUCUGUGACAUGGACACGGACGGAGGGGGGUGGACUGUGUUCCAGCGACGGGCCGAUGGCUCCGUGGACUUCUACCGGGACUGGGCCGCGUACAAGCAGGGCUUUGGCAGCCAGCUGGGCGAGUUCUGGCUGGGGAACGACCACAUCCACGCCCUGACCUCCCAGGGGACCAACGAGCUCCGUGUGGACCUGGUGGACUUUGAGGGCAACCACCAGUUUGCCAAGUACGCAUCUUUCAAGGUGGAGGGCGAGACGGAGAAGUACAAGCUGGUCCUGGGAGCCUUCGUGGAGGGCACUGCAGGUGAUUCCCUGACGUCCCACAACAACCAGUUCUUCUCCACCAAAGACCAGGACAAUGACCCGAAUUCUACAAAUUGUGCUGCGCAGUACCAGGGAGCUUGGUGGUACCAAAAAUGUCAUGUGUCAAACCUGAAUGGCCGCUACCUCGGGGGGGCCCACGAGAGCUUUGCCAACGGCAUCAACUGGAAGUCGGGGAAGGGGUACAACUACAGCUAUAAGGUGUCGGAGAUGAAGGUGCGGCCCGCCUAG